AAGAGUGUAAAAGAAAUUUCACUUGGCAUUGGAAAAACAACUUGGGCCUGCCAGUUACGAGAAAAGUCAGUCAACAACGACUAUAAUCAAUACUUAUAUUUUUUGAAAACAAAAUAUGAAAUUAUUAUAUUUUCUGUGUUAAUUCAAAAAGAAACAAAAGUGCUUUGUUUAUUUCUUACUUUGCACUAUUUAGCAGGUUUCUGAGAAAGACAGACAGAACGAAACAAAAACCUAAAAAAUAGGUUUUUGAAUCUUUUGACUUCAUUUGUGUUCAUCUAUGGCUGGGCCAUCAUGGUUGGUUGACAAAAGUAGAAUUGCAACCAAAAUAAAAUGUGCAUCAGGAGCAUGUGAUCCGAAAAGUAUUACAUGGAAAAGCAAUCCUACCAAGACUUGCCCAAAUUGUCAGCAUGUUAUUGAUAAUAGUAAUCUUGCUAAAGAGUGGCCGGGCUUACCAAAAGGUGUUAAAUUUGAUCCAUCUGAUCAGGAGAUAAUUUGGCACUUGCUUGCAAAAGUUGGUGUAGGAAAUUUACAACCUCAUCCUUUCGUAGAUGAGUUUAUUAUUACUCUUGAAGUGGAUGAUGGAAUUUGUUACACUCAUCCUCAAAACUUACCUGGUGUAAAGCAAGAUGGAAAUGCAACCCACUUUUUCCACAGAGCAAUUAAGGCUUACAAUACUGGCACACGAAAGCGCCGAAAAAUACAUGAUCAGGAUUUUGGUGAUGUCCGCUGGCAUAAAACUGGAAGAACUAAACCAGUAAUCUUGAAUGGGGCUCAAAAAGGCUGUAAAAAGAUUAUGGUUCUGUAUAUGAGCAGUGCGGGGGGAGGAAAAGCUGAGAAAACGAAUUGGGUUAUGCAUCAAUAUCAUUUAGGAACGGAAGAGGAAGAAAAGGACGGGGAAUUUGUUAUCUCUAAAGUGUUUUACCAGCAGCAGCAUGUCAAAUUGGGUGAUAUAGAUGAACAGGAUAUAACUGAAGCCGCCGAAGAAACAAUCAUAAAAGUGGAUCCGGUUACUCCCAAAUCGGUGACUCCUGAGCCUCCUCACAAUGAAAGGCAGUAUUCAGAUGUUGAUCUAGGAUAUGAAACACUUGCCAUUCCUCAGAUUCAGAUGAAUUGUCUGGAUGAAAUACAAGCUGAUUGUGAAGAGCAUGCAAAAGAGGAUCUAUCAGUGGUAGAAACUCAACAUAAUGAAGUGACAGAAGAUAAUGCCGAAGAAGGCCAAAAAUGGUGGGACAGUGAAUCACAAAAUCUGUUGGAUUCACAGCAACUGGUUGAAGCAUUAGCCUUGUGCGACGAUUUACUUCAUAGCCAAUCUCCCACUAGGGAUGGGGAACAUGAAGAAAAUAAGAACCAACUUGGUCUUUCUGUUUAUGCUCAGCUAGGACCAGAGCAUCUGAAGAAGGAUAUCGAAGACUGUCAAAAUCUUGUCCUUGACCCUGUAAAUUUAGAGCUCGACACACCAUCUACGGAGUUACGACUAAGUCAAUUGGAAUUUGGUUCGCAAGAUAGCUUUAUAGCCUGGGGUUACAACAAGGACGUAAGGUAAUAUGGUUUCUUCACCUAAGCUGAGGUGCAGAUUUCGUGUAACUACAUUUUGGGGAUAAGUUACCUCAUUAUUGUUAAAAUUUGCGGUGAACUAAAUUGUUGCUCCUUUGUUUGACAAAUUGGGCUGUAAUUUAUGGCAGUGAACUUAAGAGUUAAGUAACUCGUGCAGUCAUGCUGCAACACUGCAUGUAUAUUUUGUUUUUGGCUUCUUGAAGUUUGAGUAAUUCUGCUGUUUAACAUGAUAUUUAAUGUGGUGGUGAAUCAUUAAAACUUAUGUUUGAAUA